GCAAGGGCUCGGAGGUACGGGGUGCGCGCGGUUCCAGCUCGGGACGCCUCGGGCUCGGGCUGCGGCGCUGCAGCGGCCCCCGCGCUCCGGUCCGCGCUCCCGCUCGUCCGUGCGCCUUGAAUCUUGCUGCUCCCCUGCCGCCCGCCACGAUGGGAGCCCGCCCGCGACCUCUGCUCAGUACUCUGCUGUUGCCGCUGCUGGUCGGUGCCCAGGCAGCGAUCGUCUUCAUCAAGGAGCCGUCUUCCCAGGAUGCACUGCAAGGGCGCCGGGCACUGCUGCGCUGUGAAGUUGAGGCCCCCGGCCCAGUGGAGGUGCACUGGCUGCUCAACGGAGUGCCUGUCCAGGACACGGAGCGACGUUUUGCCCAGGGCAGCAGCCUGAGCUUUGCAGCUGUGGAUCGGCUUCAGGAUUCUGGUGCCUUCCAGUGUGUGGCUCGGGAUAACAUCACUGGAGAGGAAGCCCGCAGCGCCAACGCCUCCUUCAACAUCAAAUGGAUCGAGGCAGGUCCUGUGGUCCUGAAGCAUCCAGCCUCAGAAUCUGAGAUCCAGCCGCAGACCCAGGUCACGCUUCGUUGCCACAUUGACGGGCACCCUCGGCCUACCUACCAGUGGUUCCGAGAUGGGACCCCCCUCUCCGAUGAUCAGAGCACCCACACAGUCAGCAGCAAGGAGAGGAACCUGACCCUACGGCCGGCCACCCCUGAGCAUAGUGGCCUCUACUCCUGCUGUGCCCACAAUGCCUUUGGCCAAGCCUGUAGCAGCCAGAACUUCACCCUGAGCAUCGCAGAUGAAAGCUUUGCCAGGGUGGUGCUGGCUCCUCAGGAUGUUGUCGUAGCAAAAAACGAGGAGGCCAUGUUCCACUGCCAGUUCUCAGCCCAGCCACCCCCGAGCCUCCAGUGGGUCUUUGAGGAUGAGACCCCCAUCACUAACCGCAGCCGCCCCCCUCACCUCCGCAGAGCUGUGGUGUUCGCCAAUGGCUCUCUGCUGCUGACCCAGGUCCGGCCGCGAAACGCAGGAGUCUACCGUUGUAUUGGCCAGGGGCAGAGGGGCCCACCCAUCGUCCUGGAAGCCAUGCUUCACCUGGCAGAGAUCGAAGACAUGUUGCCGUUUGAACCGCGGGUGUUCACAGCUGGUGGUGAGGAGCGUGUUGCCUGCCCAGUCCCCCAGGGUCUGCCUACACCCAGUGUAUGGUGGGAACAUGCCGGAGUCAGGCUUCCUGCCUAUGGCAAGGUCUACCAGAAGGGUCAUGAGCUUGUGUUUGCCGCUAUCGCCGAGAGUGAUGCUGGUGUCUACACCUGCCAUGCAGCCAACCUUGCUGGUCAGCGGCGACAGGACAUCAACAUCACUGUGGCCACUGUACCCACGUGGCUAAAGAAGCCCCAAGACAGCCAGCUGGAGGAGGGCAAACCCGGCUAUCUGCACUGUCUGACACAGGCCACACCCAAACCUACUGUCAUCUGGUACAGGAACCAAAUGCUUAUCUCGGAGGACUCACGGUUCGAGGUUUCUAAGAAUGGGACCUUACGCAUCAAUAGUGUGGAGGUGUAUGAUGGGACCUUGUACCGCUGUGUGAGCAGCACCCCGGCCGGCAGCAUCGAGGCCCAGGCCCGUGUCCAGGUGCUGGAGAAACUCAAGUUCACGCCCCCGCCGCAGCCACAGCAGUGCAUGGAGUUUGAUAAGGAGGCCACAGUGCCCUGCUCAGCCACUGGCCGAGAGAAGCCCACAAUUAAGUGGGUACGGGCAGAUGGGAGCAGCCUCCCUGAGUGGGUGACAGACAAUGCUGGGACUCUACACUUUGCCCGAGUGACCCGAGACGAUGCUGGCAACUACACUUGCAUUGCGUCCAACGAGCCACAGGGCCAGAUCCGUGCCCAUGUCCAGCUCACCGUGGCAGUUUUCAUCACCUUCAAGGUGGAACCAGAGCGUACAACCGUGUACCAGGGCCACACAGCGCUGCUGCGGUGUGAGGCCCAGGGGGACCCCAAGCCUCUUAUUCAGUGGAAAGGCAAAGACCGAAUCCUGGACCCCACCAAGCUGGGACCCAGGAUGCACAUCUUUCAGAACGGUUCCCUGGUGAUCCACGAUGUGGCCCCCGAGGACUCAGGCUCCUACACCUGCAUCGCUGGCAACAGCUGUAACAUCAGGCACACAGAGGCCCCGCUCUUUGUCGUGGACAAGCCAGUGAUGGAGGACUCGGAGGGCCCCGGCAGCCCUCCCCCGUACAAGAUGAUCCAGACCAUUGGGCUGUCAGUGGGCGCAGCUGUAGCCUAUAUCAUCGCUGUCCUGGGCCUCAUGUUCUACUGCAAGAAGCGAUGUAAAGCCAAGAGGUUGCAGAAGCAGCCAGAAGGCGAGGAACCAGAGAUGGAGUGUCUCAACGGUGGGCCUCUGCAGAACGGACAGCCAUCAGCAGAGGUCCAGGAGGAAGUGGCUUUGACGAGCUUGGGCUCCGGCCCCAUGGCCACCAACAAGCGCCACAGCAUGGGUGACAAGAUGCAUUUCCCUCGGGCCAGCUUGCAGCCCAUCACCACCCUGGGAAAAAGCGAGUUUGGAGAGGUGUUCCUCGCAAAGGCGCAGGGCCUAGAGGAGGGCGUGGCAGAGACGCUGGUGCUUGUGAAGAGCUUGCAGAGCAAGGACGAGCAGCAGCAGCUGGACUUCCGGAGGGAGCUCGAGAUGUUCGGGAAGCUGAACCAUGCCAAUGUGGUGCGGCUCUUGGGGCUGUGCCGGGAGGCCGAGCCCCACUACAUGGUGCUGGAAUACGUGGACCUGGUAUGCUGUAGUCUGGAGCACUGCCUGGGCAGUGUGCCAGCGGAGGAGGGUUUGGGGGCUGCGCUCCUGAGGUCUUGCUGCCUCCUGCUACCUGAGCCACCCGCCUUCCCAGCUCUCCGGUACCCGCCGACCCUUUGCUGCUCGCUCUCUCACCAGGUGGCCCUGUGUGCCCAGGUUGCCUUGGGUAUGGAGCACCUGUCCAACAACCGGUUUGUGCACAAGGACUUAGCUGCUCGCAACUGUCUGGUCAGCGCCCAGAGGCAGGUGAAGGUGUCAGCACUGGGCCUCAGCAAGGACGUAUACAACAGUGAGUACUACCACUUCCGCCAGGCCUGGGUGCCUCUGCGUUGGAUGUCCCCAGAGGCCAUCCUGGAGGGCGACUUCUCCACUAAGUCUGAUGUCUGGGCCUUCGGUGUGCUGAUGUGGGAGGUGUUCACUCACGGAGAGAUGCCCCAUAGCGGACAGGCAGAUGAUGAAGUGCUGGCAGACCUGCAGGCUGGGAAGGCUCGACUUCCACAGCCCGAAGGCUGCCCCUCUAAGCUCUAUCGGCUGAUGCAGCGCUGCUGGGCCCUGAACCCCAAGGACCGACCCUCCUUCAGUGAGAUCGCCAGCACCCUGGGAGACAGCCCUGCAGACAGCAAGCAGUGAGGAAGCCUUGCAGGCUGCGCUUCAGGAUGGCAUGGACAGGGAAGAGCAUCUCUUGAGGGGAGCCUGAAGCAUGAUGGACUAGAGUACCCCGUUCUUCUUGGCCUGGGGUCCCUACCCAAGCACAAAGCAUUGUCGUGGACAGGCAGUGCCUAGGCGGUUCUUUGCCUCAGCCCCUGGGGAGGCUGAUGCAAACCCAGGCUGGAUGUCUAGGACAUUGGACUGGGCAUCUUUCUUUGCCACCCCUUUCCUCAUCAGGGACAGUAUGGGUGCCUCAGGUAACCCUGAUUUCUGGUCUGAGACUUCUUUUGGCCGGGUCCAGCUCUGCCACUCAUCUGCCAAUGUUGCCUAGGGAGGGCUGGGCUUGGGCCGAGCUAGGUCUGGGGAACUUCUUUACUAUACUAAUAUACGCGAGUUCCUGCAUAGCUCGGGCACACCGGACCAACAGGCCGCUUGGCUCAUGGGUCCCACCUGGGGGUCUAGCAGGUUGUGGAGGACAUAGCAGUUGAGUCCUCCCCACUGUGGACUUGUGCACACUAACCAGACCUGUGCCCCCAUUUCCUUUCCUCAUCCCAAGUGCCUGGCAGAUGAAGUGUUCAGGGGCUUUUGACACUUAUAUAGCCCGCCCUUUUUGUAUGCACCGUGGGCGGCUUUUUUAUGUAACUGCAGCGUUGGGUGGGUGGGCAUGGGGAGGUCUGGGUGAACCCUAGAGGAAUUGGGGAGGGUGGGCCACCCCUGCCUCAUACUUUUAUUGUUGUUGUUGUUAUUGUUUGUUUUUUUUUUUUUUACACUCGCUGCUCUCAAUAAAGAAGCCUUUUUUACA